UGGUCAUUUCUCAUGCCACAUGUGCACCGUGCACAUUUUACCAUUGGAGAUGCUCUUAGUGAAAUUUUAUGGGAGGGGGAGUAUAUUUUAGGAAAAACUGAUUUAAUUUAAUUCAGUCCUUACCGGCCGGACAAGUGCACAAGAGUGGUGGCGACAAAAGCUCGCGCGAUUCACUCAAAGCAGCUUGUUUUUUCCAAGGGUUUCUUCCACUUUUCCGGCAGAUUCUGCUUCUCUCCGACCUCCUUCCUCACAGUAGUGUCCCGGUAAGAAGUUCCCAACUUGCGGUGGUUGCCAUUUUUUUAUUAUCACAGCUCACGAGUACCACUAUAACUUUUUGGCGGUACAGUUUACUUCUCUGGAAAAUCGUAUUGCUGUACUGCCUCGUGCCCUUGAGUGCUCAAAGACUCUCUCUUUCUCUCAAUUUCUAUUGAGGGGAUAUCUCCCUCAUACUAUGUGUGUUUGAUUUAUCGAAUAUGUGUACAUCUCUACCAACAAGCGGUGAGUUUUUAUCUGCAAGCAUAAGAACCAAGGACUCAGAAGGUAAAUUUAUGACACAGAACAGCUAGACUUAUAUUAGUUUUGUUUUCUCGUAAUAUGAGUUCUAUAGAUAACUGCUAACACCAAUAUUGGGUAUGAAAUGAUUUUGGAGUUGACUUAGAUCCUAUUAUGAUCUGAUGGUCUAAUAGUUGAAAGGUUAACUUGAUAAGGAGGCAUUUUUAAGCAGUGGGCUAAGUAUGUAAAUCGUUACUAGGGCAAACAUUAGAGUAGGAAUUACUCCGUAUGAUUCUAGAUUUGUUUUCAGUCCUGAACUAGUAGUAUUAUUAUAAAAAUAUAUGCUUCCAUAUUCUAAAUAUUUUGUCUAAUAAUUUUUGUAUAAAUACAAAAAUAUAAUCCACCAUUACUCGCACAAUUCAUUACACAUCUAAAGAGUAAAGAGUAUCUCAUCAUCUAAGCAAUUUUAACUUCUUCAUUUGGUUCUAGACUGACACCAUCUUCAUCUUCCUCCCAUCUCCACACAAAGAUGUUCUGUAAGGAUUCGUAGUAUUACAAAAUGUUUAAAUCAUUAAAUCUUAAACUAAUGUUUAACUAGAUUGAAAUCCCUAUGGCCUUUUUAAUCCCAUAAUGACCCAUUUAUUAUAGGGAAAAUGGAAACUAAUAAUCCAACCUUUUAGCAGUCUUCUUACAAUAGUUCCACCUUUUCGUUAUUCAAGAAUAAUUCAACAUUUGCACCUCAUCUUUAUUCGUUGGUCCCUGACCGGUUAAUGACCUGCUAUUCCAAGUGAUUUUCUUAUCUUUGCAAAAUAUUAUCUUUGUAAAAGGUGAGAUUUAUGGUAUAAUGGUUUGCAAAGAUAAGAAAAUAACUUGGAAUAGCAGGUCAUCAACCGGUCAGGGACUAGUGAAUGAAGAUGAGGUGCAAAGGUUGGAUUAUUCAUGAAUAACGAAAAGGUGGGACUAUUGUAAGAAGGCCGCUAAAGGGUUGGAUUAUUAGUUUACAUUUUCCCUUAUUAUAUUAAACUUUCAUCUCAAACUAUUGACAAGUUAGGAUGUUUUCUUUUGGACUGAAAUUUGCUGGUCUGGUCUGGUAAACGUCUGGUCUUUGUGUAUUUUAUAACUACGGAAGUCUGGUCUGGGAUUGAAAACAGUCCAAAAGAAAACAUACUAAAAUUGCCUUGUACUUGCACAUAAAACACUUUUUUGAAUUUGACUUGAUAGUUAGAACAUAUCGUAUUUAUUGAAGUGUCGCCUAGGCGUUGACUAGGCGCAAGUGUCCUAGCGAUGGAGAUGCGCCAUUCUCAUUUGAUUGGCCACAGUGCUAACCGACUUACUGGCGAUGUAGAACUAGCAUAUAUCUGACAUUUGUUUAUCACUUUAUCCACAUGCAUUUUGUACUUUUCAUAAAGAAUUGCACCUUAAACCCUAGACAACACUUUAGUGAUUCUUAAGUUGUAGCGAUUUAAUCACAUACUGGAAACUUUGGAUAUUUAGAUUGGUUGGAAGUGAAUCAGUAAUGCUGUGUUAGUUAACUAUUUGUUUUGGAUUAUCUCUAAUGCAUACAUGCUUGUCCCAUGGUGCCAUGAAUGUUUGUUUGUUUGAAGAAAAAUGUACUUAAGAUACUGAUUAGAAGUAAUGAAGAGUGGACGAUAGAAAAGCUUAUUUACACUAUGGAAAGUUUAGCUUACUUCUAGUUAUGCACUUCCGCACGCAAUAGGUUAGUUAAGUUGGAUCAUGCAUUGAAGGUGGUGAGUUGGCCCGAACAACAUCACAUUAUGGAAGACCCACCAGAGGCCUUGCAGGUCCUGGUUCCUCUAGUGGUAAUUGAACUCUGGUUGCUUUGGGUGGGGGGGGGGGGGGGGGGUAUUUAGGUAUUUAGCAAACCACUUAGUGCACAUUUCAUACUUCUCAUAUUUAGAGUAAUGAAUGCUAGUCAUGUUCUAAAAAGUAAAUAGUCAUCUCCAGUUCCUUAUAAUAAUGAAGCCUUACAAUGCACAAUUACCUGGUGACAGAAUGCUGAAUUCUUUGUUCGGAUCGUCUACAAUCAUUAUUAACUAGUCUGGAGAAACUCAUUUACCAUAUUUUUGUUUUCAUUAUAUACAUGCUUUAAAAUGCUAUUCUGGUUUGCACCUUGAGGCUCAAUUCAAGGGGGGACUUUAGAAAAUAGCAGUAACUCUGAAGUCUGAAGUGUCCAGGCUUUCAUUUUUCCCUGCUAUGCAGAAAGCUUGCACCUUAACCAGGUGAGGCUUGCACAUCAUGGUGGACUUAGGAGGGUUACACCUAUAAUGUCAUGGAAGUAUUAAUCAUUUUAUAUGCAAUAGUUUGCUAUUCUUACGUAGUUUAUCAUAACAAGACAUUUUUUAUUACAAACAGAGGUAAGAUGCUCUUGCUUAUGGUUUCAAAAAAAUCUCAGCCCAUGUAAAACUCUAAACCUCUGUUUGCUAUCUACUUAAUUGCUUUCUAAAUCCAACUUCCUUAUGCUCAACUGUGAGUUUACGUAGACCGUUUUUUCUUGCAUUUGCAAGUUGCAAUGGACUCAUCUUCUGCUCCACUGCUGGUUGUUCUAUGCCUUUAUGUGUUGAAGAGUUGACUUAAACAUGUGAUUAUUUUAAUAAAUUUAAAAUCCUAUCAUGCAAUUAUAGUUUUUAGUUGCAAAGUCAUAGUUAUGAAGAUAUUUGACUUUAGUGAUUUUUACAUACUUAAUUAUGUUCUAUGAAUUUUUACUGAGUACGAUAGUCUUACACAUUAGGCCUACGUUCUAUUGGAGGUAUUUUUUGUGUGCUCCACUGCUCCUGCACUAAUUCUCUAAUUGAACACUUGCACCUUUUUCCAAAUGCUAUGUGAUUCCUGGGCAGAUAUCAAGUUUUACCGUGUAUAGACUUUGCUUAAUAGGAAUACUUGCUCUUGAAUUACUUGCAUCAAUAUGGAUGAUUGUGAUCGAGAGAACAGGCGAGACAGGAUGGAUUGCUACAUAGGAGGUGGUCACCCACAGUGGAGCAUGGUUUCUCAGCAUCAUCAGAUGAAGGAACAGAAUGCUUUUCUUAUGAACCUGAAGCUGUUCUUUGCUGAAAGGGAUGCAGCCAUUGAGGAGCGAGACAGAGCUCUUGCCGAAAAGAAAGCAGCUACAGAAGAGCGAGACAUCGUCAUCCGUCAACGAGAUGCAGCAUUUGCUGAGAGAGACAAUGCUUUAAGAGAACGUGACAAUGCGAUCGCGGCCCUCCAAUUUCAGCAAGACAACAACACCAGCGCUGGAUUUAGUUACAGAAUGUGCGGGGCAAAGUGCCAAAACACGCCCCACGUGACUGAUGCAGUCCCCAUAUCCGCCAUCUCAUCCGAAUCCAUCAAACAAAGGAAACAAUCUAAGAGUAGUUCACCGAAAACGGCAAAAAGGGUUGGUGAGGAUUUGAAUAGGCAUGUCACCACAGACGGAUCAAAAGCUGAAUGGGAUGCUCAGAACCAGGGUGGGUUCACCGUAAACCAGAUCAGUUUCAACGAGUCCACAAUGCCAACCCCAGUCUGCACAUGCACCGGAGUACCCCGCCAGUGCUACAAGUGGGGCAGUGGCGGCUGGCAGUCAUCUUGCUGCACUACUUCUCUGUCAGAGUACCCACUCCCGCCACUGCCACAUAAGCGGCAUGGGCGGAUCGCGGGCAGGAAGAUGAGCGGGAGUGUGUUUAGCAGAUUGCUUACGAGGAUGUCCGCUGUCGGCCACGAUCUGUCUACUCCCCUUGAUCUUAAGAACUAUUGGGCUAAACAUGGAACAAACCGUUACAUUACAAUCAAGUGAUGCCCAUGGACUGCUAUCUGUGUAGGGGUGUACAUUCAUAUUAGCUACCGAGUAUAUAUAGUCUUUUGUCUCUGUCCGCAGAAGCAAGCUCAUUCAUUUGUCUCGGUCAUCAUUAACAGUGUUGUUUCUGUGACACAUCCGGCAGAGGUUUGAGAUUGUAAAGUUUUGCAAAUGCUACCUCAUAUGUAAUCAAUGGCAGAAAUAGAUGCGUAUUUAUAUGAGAUCUAUACUUGAUUUUAUUUUAUUGCUUGUAGCAACCCGAAUACUAGUUCAAUACUGGUACUAGAUCUAUAGAUUUCUUCAAUCUAGUCAAGUUAUUAUUACUCUAUUAUUAAUUAAUUUAUCAUUAUUAUAAAACUCCGUCCCUAAAUGUAAUUUAGGGAACGUCUUUAUA